AGUCGAAAUAAACCCGAAUCUUCGUAGCCCUAAUAUAACGUGUAAAUUCCAAAGGUUACUUUUCAAAAACAAGAGGAACUACUUCACUUUGCAGUUCAGCUGUUUGAAAAAAAUCCUCUUCGGAAUUGCUAGUGUCAUUAUGGACAAAGCUGAGCUUGAGAGCUUUCUGAACGUUCUUCCUCCUGUAGACUUUUGCUGUGUCUACGGCUCAGCUCUUCAUCCAAACAAUCAUGACAAGUCAACCAUGGUAGAUUACAUUCUUGGUGUAUCGGAUCCUGAGCAAUGGCAUUCUCAGAAUCUAAAAAUGAACAAAAGACACUAUGCCUCAUGGAUGGCGCACCUUGGCGGGGCGAGACUGAUUACUCAAAUUGCGGAUGAAAUCGGUGUUGGAGUACACUUCAACCCUUUUGUUAGUUGGAAUGACAAGAUGCUCAAAUAUGGGGUUGUUCGGAUGCAUGACUUGGUUCAAGACAUACUGAAUUGGGAGAGAUUCUACUUGAGUGGUCGUUUACAAAAACCGGUCCGUAUACUUGUGGAUAAUCUGGAUAUAGAAAAUGUAAACUCUUCUAAUUUGAGGGCUGCAAUCUCUGCUGCCCUCCUCCUUCUGCCACCAAAAUUUACUGAGGAAGAUCUGUAUGCCAAAAUAUGUAGCCUCUCAUAUAUGGGUGAUUUGCGUAUGCUUUUUGCUGAGGACAGAAAUAAGGUGAAGAAGAUUGUACAAGGGCAAUUUGAUUUAUUCCAGUCCAGGUAUAAGUCAUUUCUUGAAGAGUAUGAGGCUAAAGAGUUGUUGAGACUCACGUCAUCUGGAAGUUGCCAAACAAAUAUUUCCCAGGAUUGUGGCUUAUCAGUAGCUCGCCAUCUUGUUAAUAGUCUUCCACCAAUGGUCAGAAGCCAAAUGGGCAUGAGGCUAGGAGAGAAGAAAAGGCUGAGUGACUCUGGUCAAGUUAUACAUGAAGUUUUGAUUGGCUCGAGAGAAGAGGCUGCAAAAUGCAUGCAGAAGGUUCUGAGGCAAAAGGUCAUGGUUUCAAGUGCAAGGCAGGCCAUCUCUGGGCUACUGACCGUUGGUGGUGUAAAUUCUGUUAGAUAUCUCACUAACAAAAUGUGCAAGGCUUGGAAAUCCUUGAGAUGAGACUUCACCUCUAUUUUUUUUUU